GCUCCUGCGCUCGUCCUGCCGCCGCCUCCCGGCGCGCAGCGAUGCGCAGAGGCACCGCGCCGCCCUGGGGCUGCCGCCGCCGCCGCGCCGCACCAUGAAGCUCCGCAGCAAGGUGGUGGCGCUGCUCCUGCUCGCGGUGGCCGCGCUGCUGCUCGCGCUGCUGUCCCUCCGCGCCGGCCACCCCGAGACCCCCGCGCCGCCCGGGCGCCCCGCGUCCGCCCCGCAGCGCCACCCCGCGCCGGACCCGGCUCGCCGGUCGGCUCCGGGCGCCCUCCCGGGGGCGAGCCCAGGCGCUCGCAGGCGUCGGCCCCAGCGUCUGCGCCCCCGAGCGGGCCGCCGGGACGCGGGGAGACUGGACAAGUUGGCGAGGAGGCCUGGAGAACCCAGGGGUUUCCAAGCUGUGCUACCACCUGAGCUGUGGAUCCACCUGGCUGUGGUGGCCUGUGGCAACCGGCUAGAGGAGACACUGGUCAUGCUCAAAUCGGCUGUGCUUUUUAGCCACAGGAAGAUACAAUUUCACAUCUUCACUGAAGACUCUCUGAAGCCCGAAUUUGAUGAGCAGUUACGGCAGUGGCCUGACUCUUAUACAAAGAAGUUUGAACACAGAAUCUACCCCAUCACAUUUUCUGUCGGAAACCCUCAGGAAUGGAAGAAAUUAUUCAAACCCUGUGCUGCCCAGAGGCUCUUUCUUCCGGUGAUUUUAAAGGAUGUGGACUCACUUCUCUAUGUGGACACUGAUGUUCUCUUUCUGAGACCUGUUGAUGACAUCUGGAAGCUUCUGAGACAAUUUAAUUCCAGCCAGCUUGCAGCCAUGGCUCCUGAGCACGAAAUCCCCAAGAUUGGCUGGUACAGCCGCUUUGCCAGGCAUCCUUUCUAUGGCUCUGCGGGAGUUAAUUCAGGAGUCAUGUUAAUGAAUUUAACUCGUAUAAGAAGUGCCCAGUUCAAGAACAGCAUGAUUCCAACGGGCUUGGCUUGGGAGGACAUGUUGUACCCUCUGUACCAGAAGUAUAAGAAUGCCAUUACGUGGGGAGACCAGGAUUUAUUAAAUAUUAUUUUUUAUUUCAAUCCAGAGUGUCUCUAUGUGUUCCCCUGCCAGUGGAACUACCGUCCUGAUCACUGCAUGUAUGGGAGCAACUGCAAAGAGGCCGAGCGCGAAGGUGUGUCUGUUCUGCACGGGAACAGAGGCGUCUACCAUGAUGAUAAGCAGCCGACUUUCAAAGCACUCUAUGAAGCAGUGAGGGACUUUCCUUUUCAAGAUAAUCUCUUUCAAUCCAUGUAUUACCCUCUGCAGCUGAAGUUUUUGGAGACUGUGCACACUUUAUGUGGACGAAUCCCGCAAGUUUUUCUGAAGCAAAUUGAGAAGACAAUGAAAAGGGCUUAUGAGAAACAUGUCAUCAUCCGUGUUGGCCCCAACCAGAUGCACUGAAUAUUUUACCUUGUUGCAAGUCAUUUAGAUGUCUUAUGAUCAAGAAGGAAAUACUAAUCU